ACUUUAAAUGUCACAAUUGUUUUAUAUUAUGCAGAAAUGAUUACGCUGUAGUUAGUUAGUGAUACCUAAUGCAUUAACCAAUGUUAACACAUUGAACCUUAUUGUAAAGUGUUAUUUUAUUUCCCUUUUUUUUGAGGUUUAUUACAGUCUCAACACUUUCCCCUCCCUUCAGUGACCCCUCCGAUGAUGGGCGGCCCCGUUCCCAUGAACACAGACAUGAGUGGCCUGAGCCCGACCAACCCCCUGCAGUCUCAGUUACAAAUGGUGCCCUCCUCUCACUGCACACCUCCGCCACCCUACCCAAUGGACAACAGUAUUUCCAGUUUCCUGUUGAGGCUGGGCUGUUCAGCCUGUUUGGACUAUUUCACAGCCCAAGGACUGACCAAUAUCUACCAGAUUGACAACUACAACUUGGAGGACUUGUCCAGGCUGAAGAUUCCCACAGAAUUCCAGCACAUCAUUUGGAAAGGAAUCAUGGAGUACAGGCAGACCAUGGAGUUUUCUCCACCUCCCCACAUCUUGCGCACCUCUAGCGGGACAUCCACCGUCAGCGUGGGCUCCACCGAAGCCAGAGGCGAGCGUGUAAUCGAUGCGGUGCGCUUCACCCUCCGUCAGACCAUUUCGUUCCCUCCGCGGGACGACUGGACCGAUUUCUCCUUUGACCUGGCUCCCGAUUCUCGUCGCAACAAGCAACAGCGCAUCAAGGAGGAGGGCGAAUGAACACUAUACAUGCAAACAACGGCAAGAGUGUACAUUUACUGUACACACACACAAACACACACACACUCGGUUUCAUAUUAACACACUUGGUGUUGGUCCAGAUCGUUUCACAGUUUUCCAAAGCAAGUGAUGAUUAAAAAAAAACUGUGAGCCUAAUAGUCUAGUUCACUUAAACUUAAAUGGGCAGAUAAAAUGCACUUAAAGUCCUUUACGGUUUCAUUAUCUUCUGGUGGAUUUAGCUCUGGUUGUCAUUUCAAGCCCCUUUAUUGAACGCAAGCAGAUGUGGCUGAGGGGAAAUGGUGCUUUGCUAGAUUGUUUUGUCAUGUUUACUGUUUCUUGAGACAAAGCACUUAAGAAAUGCUGUUACUACUCAUAAAAUACACACUGAACGUUUGGGGUUUCUUUCCUUCUUUUUAAAUGUCAAAUGGUAUAUUUCUACGUUAUUGUUUUUUUUUGUAUAAAAAACCAAAACAUUUUCCUCCGAGCAGGAGCUUUAGUGUUCAUUGUAAUCAUUGUUGAGAACUCCUUGCGGUUGAACAAAGUCAUUUUUAAAAGGCUGACUUGUCAGUUUUGAUUGUAUGUAUUUCGAAUCGCACGUGGUUCUCUAUUCUCGCAGAAAGUGUUAUUCGUCUGUUUUUAUUUGUGGUGUAAGACUGAUGUUGUCAUGUAGCCUCUUCUAUGUAAUACUGUAAACCCUUUGUAUCUUUUAUUUGUGAGUCGCAAACACUCCAAUACUAGAAUUGCAGUGUGUAAGUAUUGAAUUGAAUUGCUUGAACUGCUGUUUACUGGCCCGUAAAGUAUAAAAGUGAUGUUUAUUGGUUAA